ACUCUCAGAGCCUCCAGACCCAGGAUGUGUCUUGGAGCCCCAGGACAGUCCUGAGGCAGCACCUGCCCUGGUGUGUGCUCUUUGCUGCUGCCUUGGAAUCAUCUACUGCUGCUUCGGCUACCGCUGCUGCAGGGCAGUGAUGUUUCUCUCGGGCCUGCUGUCAGGAGCUCUGGUGAUCUUCCUACUGUGCCACAAUGAGCGGGUGCUAGAGACACAGCUGAGCCUGGAGGUGAGCGCGGGCAUUGCGCUAGGCAUCGGACUCCUCUGUGGCCUGGUCACCAUGCUGGUUCGCAGUGUCGGGCUCUUCCUGACUGGUCUCCUGCUAGGCCUAACUCUGGGCGCUGGGGCCCUGCUGGGCACCGAGCCCAUCUACCAACCACCUUCAGCCUGGGCGCCAGCUGGGGGGCUGGUGGGGCUGGCACUGCUGGGAGCCCUGCUCACACUUCAGUGGCCACGACCAUUCACAGUUCUGGGCACAGCCCUGCUGGGGGCUGCUGUGCUGGUGGCCUGUGCUGACUACUUUCUGGAGGGGCUGGCACUGGGCCAUCGGUUGGGCCAACGCUUGCAGGCACUUCCAGCCUUGCCUCCUCUCUGCUGGUAUAGCUGGGUCCUCCUGGGGACCUGGCCAGCCCUGGGGGCCCUUGGGGCGCUGGCCCAGUGGAAGCUCAUGGAUGAGGAACGUGGAGGCCACGCCAAUGGAGUGGUCUUGAGCCACCAGCGAAGGCAUCUCCAAUUCCUUCGGAUCCAUCAGCAAGAGGCCAAGUGGCACCAGACCUCCGCUGGGGUGGGGCUCUGUGAGGGCAGCUACCAGCGCCACCUCCCCCAUAACACCUGGGGCCCUGCUGACAGUCUGGCUCCAAGUUAUCUCCAGAGCCUUCGAGAGCACCAGCUGGGACCAGGCCCCCAGGCCUCAGCCCCCAACGCCAUCCUGGACCUGGAUUCUGACUGUGGUUCCACUGUACCCCUCACCACACCUUCUGGUUCCAGCCAGACUUGAGCCUAAACCUCCACUGACCACCCCCAUCCCCACAGCAAGGGCAUAGGGACACCCUAGCAGUGCCUGCACCCACAGGAAACACAAAAACUUCCCUACCUCUGGGACUGGAUAUGGAAUCUGUGCUCCCACCCCCACCAGCCCUGGAGGGAUUUGUUUCAGGGACCAAGGAUCCUGUGGAGUGGGGAAAGGAAGGAUGAGUACCUGUCUCUGUCCAAUCAUGGAGGCACCCUGGCCCCUAAAGUAACUAGCUCCCUAAUUCCUCCAAACCAAGAAGGGCCCUUACCCAAAUAGCCUUCUGUAUGUCUGCCUCAGUGUGCCUCACAUGCUAAAAUAAGGGGUUCUGUGUUUGUAGGACCUAUAGAAAAUCAGGAAGCCUUCUAAAGCACCUGAUAGUUUUUUAGUGGGGAGAAGGGCACAGAGGGGCUCCAGGAUCCCCUAAUCUCCAAGCCCCUUAUUAGGGAGUACUCAGGUUCCUGAUUAGCCUUUCCCCCUGGACCCCAUAGGUCCAAGCCCCCUUCUCCUACCUCAAUUGGGGACACUGUCCUCCAUGGUGCUUCUUUUUCUCUCCUUCUUAAUGUGGGGAAGAUCAUGGGGCAGUACCUGGCUCAGCACCCACCUCCCAAAAAGCUAGCUUCUUGCUCCAAGGAAAGAGCAUUGGCCCACAUGGCACAGUCUUGCCCUUUUGUUUAAAAGAGUCUGGUCUUUGGGGCUGUGUGGGAGACAAGUGCCUUCUCUGCUUCUCAUUGUAGGUAAUGCUGAUCUUAAAUAGAACUUUGUCCCACCCAUUCUAAUCCUCCCCUCUCUGAUUCUUCUGCCCAAAGUCUGUUCCCUGGUUCCCAGACAGCAUGAAGGAAGAUGCAUCCCCCUGGGCAGCAAGGCCUUGAUGGGAGGAAGAACAUGGGUGCAUGUGAAUAAAAUGGCAUUGAACG